AUGAGGGAUUUGGAGGACGACCCUUUCCCGUCGACGCCGGGGAAGGUGAAGAUCGAGCGGGCGUACGCCGUCAACCGGCAGUUCAACCGGUGCUUCGCCUCCACGAGCACGACGUUCCUGUGGGCGCUGUUCCUGGUCGCCCUCAUCGCCUCCUUCCUCAGCUUCCAGUCAUUCGUCGACACGAGCUCCCGGUACUUCACCGCCUCGUGGGGGGGGAUCCAGUGGGAGAAGCAGGUCCGCACCUCCGCCCAGAUCGACCGCCCCGGCGGGAUCUCCGUGCUGGUCACCGGCGCCGCCGGCUUCGUCGGCUCCCACGUCGCCGUCAACCUCAAGAAGCGCGGCGAUGGCGUGGUGGGCCUCGACAACUUCAACUCCUACUACGACCCCUCCCUGAAGAAGGCCCGCAAGGCCCGCCUCGCCAACAACGGCAUCUUCGUCGUGGAGGGCGACGUCAACGACGCUCGCCUGCUCGCAAAGCUCUUCGACGUCGUCGCCUUCACCCACGUCAUGCACCUCGCCGCUCAGGCCGGCGUCCGCUACGCCAUUGAGAACCCUUCCUCCUACGUCCACAGCAACAUCGCCGCUCUGGUCACCCUCUUGGAGGCCUGCAAAUCCGCCAAUCCGCAGCCGGCGGUGGUCUGGGCCUCCUCCAGUUCCGUCUAUGGCCUCAACGAGAAGGUGCCCUUCUCGGAGACGGACAAAACCGACCGCCCCGCCAGCCUCUACGCCGCCACUAAGAAGGCCGGCGAGGAGAUCACCCACGCGUACAACCACAUCUACGGGCUCUCCAUCACCGGCCUCCGCUUCUUCACCGUCUACGGGCCAUGGGGGCGGCCGGAUAUGGCCUACUUCUCCUUCACCCGCAACAUCCUGCAGGGAAAGCCCAUCACCGUCUACAGGGGGAAGGACCGGGUGGACCUGGCCAGGGACUUCACCUACAUCGACGACAUCGUGAAGGGUUGCGUCGCCUCGCUCGACACCUCCGGCAAGAGCACCGGCAGCGGCGGCAAGAAGCGGGAGCCCGCCCCUUACAGGAUCUACAACCUGGGCAACACCCAGCCGGUGACGGUGCCCACCCUGGUCUCGAUUCUAGAGAAACAUCUGAAGCUCAAGGCCAAGAAGAACAUCGUCGAGAUGCCCGGCAACGGCGACGUGCCCUUCACCCACGCCAACAUCAGCCACGCACAGAAGGAUCUGGGCUACAAGCCCUCCACGGACCUCCAGACGGGCCUGAAGAAGUUCGUCAAGUGGUACGUAUCCUACCACGGGUACCAACGUGAAGUGGGGAGGAAGCUGUAG